CGGGCUAUUGCGUGCUCUGGCAUUGUUUUAACUUCCAGAGUAGUGCGGGGUUUAGAGAUAACUGAAUACCGUUAAAUUGAUUCUUAUGAACAUUAUCUCUGCUAGCAACCCGAGAAUUCCUCAUAACAUAACCACAAUGUUUCUGCAGUUCAUAUUUACAGAUGCCGUGUGUUUUUUACCUGCUCGUUUCUGGGAUGUGUGAUUGGAGUCAGGUGUUUGGGGACCUGAAAUUCACAGCUCGUAAUUGCCACACAACAGAUGUGUAGAAGCCAGCUGUUGGAAUUGGUGAGCACUUGGAGACCUGUGAAUGCUGCCUUCAGGAACAUCUUAUUACAUUAGAAUCGCAUGGCUACAAAAAAAUCAAACCACUGCUGAGAAUUGGUGAAGAGAGUCUGCAAGUCAAAUGAGUCUAAUGUGAAAUGAGCGGAUCUCUCCGAGCAGACGGAUUGUCAACAUUUCUAGUGAGGGAGCAUGUGGAUUGUUUUUAUGCCCAAGAAGUUUCUACAUAAACUUCCUAACUUUUUUCAGUGAAAAAAAAAAUGACUUCUGUUCAUUUUCAAUUUUAAGAAAAUAGUGAUCUUGAUUUGGCAAGAAGCUUGAAGUGAUGACAUUGUCAGACAUGUUAUGUUGAGAAUUAAUCACUGUCUUCCAAUUUUUUUUUUUGUUCUGGGAUCUAAUACUUUGCCUUCAGUGAAAUAAACCAGCACCAUGUGUCAGGACCCUACUGGAAGACAAUUACCAAAUGGAAAACUUCAACAACAUGUUUAAAAUAGCGACAUGCUGAAAGCGAACACAGACCUGUCUGUUCAAUUUUUCAGUUUUCUUGUCAUGAGUUUUUUAUUUUCACACAUGAUUUCCAUGCGAAGCGAUGCAACAAAUACCACAGACUCUGGCUGGGGGUCAGGGGAGGCGUGUCCAGAGAACUGCACCUGCAGAGCCAUGGACUACCCCAAAUACAGGAGUCUUUUUAACAAGACUGUUGUGUGUACUGGAGUCCAAUUCCUCAAUAACAUUUUCCCUGAAAACAUUCCUCUAGAUGUUGAGAUCUUGGACCUAUCCCACUGUCGUCUCACUCGUCUCAGUCUGAGACUAACGCUGAAGCAUCUGAGAUUCUUGGACAUCUCAUACAAUGAUUUGAAGGUGAUGGACAGGCAAAUACACAAGUUAACAGCUCUGAGACAGCUUAUCAUGAGAAACAACAGUUUGUCCUAUCUACAGAACGGUGCUUUCAGUGGUAUGCUGUACCUAGAGGUACUUGAUCUUUCCAACAACCAACUCUACUCAAUCGAACCCCAUACCUUUGGCGGAUUAAAUUAUCUGAAAAAACUGAACCUGGAGGGUAACCGCUUGCAUUUUUUGUCGCCUCAGUGGUUUGUCAGCAUGCCAAGCCUGGGCUGGCUUUUUCUGUCUAACAAUUUAAUUGGUCGACUUAAAGCUAAUGUGUUUGAAAUGCUCUCCGGGCUUUUUACCAUGAAGCUUGAUGAAAACCGGAUUUCUUACAUCGAGCCUGGUGCAUUUAAUGGACUUUCGCACCUGCGGAUUCUAUAUCUGACUGACAACCUCCUUCAAACCAUUCCAUCACAAGAACUACACAAUCUUCCGUUGUUACAGUACCUGUAUUUUGACAAGAACCCCGUUCUACGUAUUCCUACACUCGCCUUUCAUUCUAUGAACUUAAGUAUGCUCACAAUGAGUUACAUGCCCCAUCUAAAAGUUAUAGAAAAAGAGUCUUUUUUGAAUUUGAAGCAUCUGGUGACUUUACAACUGCACGAUAACAGUGAACUUGUAUAUAUUGAUCCCAACGCAUUUGUGAAUUGUUCACACUUAAAAAAUUUAUACCUUCAUAAUAACAAACUUCAAAGUGUGUCUUCCGUCUUAAAAGACAGUCUGCCUGCUUUAAAAACCCUGCACUUGUACAAUAACGAGCUUGAAUGUGACUGCAAUGCAAUGUGGAUGAAACAGGAAAAUCUGAGAGAAAUAUCAAACAAAACUUAUAGAUCUGUUCUCUUCGGGGACUCCUUGUUGAAGUGUGGCUCCCCUCCAAACAGAAAGGGCAUUCUGCUGCGAGAUCUGCCUCUUUCCGCUCUGAAUUUUACAUGUGCCCCUGUAAUUAUCCCCCUGUUCAGAAGAAGUUACAAUCUGAGUAUCGGGGAGGAGCUGCAUUUAGAGUGUUACGCAAUGGGUUUACCGUCUCCAAAGAUAACUUGGCGCUUGCCAAACGGUACGUUAUUAGACAAGAAAAAUUUACGCACAGGUCGUUAUGAAAUUCGUAAUAACUCGAGGUUCAUACUGAGAUAUCUAUAUGAGAGUGAUACAGGGAGGUACUCCUGUGAAGCACAGAGUGUGUCAGGAUUCGACACUGAAUCCUCGACAGUGACUGUCAAUAAUAAGCCGGUUCGAAUCUCAGCAGAAUAUGUAGCUGGAAAUUUCAUUACCAUUUCAUGGAAUGGGACUCGAAACCAGUGGUCCAUGACUGGUUACGAGAUCCAUUACAAGCCAUUGGACAAUUCAGAAAAAUUUCAAAUCAUUCCAUUGGACCGCCGACUUCGACAAUUUCGUUACACAUUUACCAAUCUGUCUCCUUUAACCACCUACAUGUUCUGUAUUGUGUACGUGUUUGAAACAGAGCUUUACACUGUUCACUGCACGAACAUUACAACAGGCGACAAAGAUCUGAGCACAACGGGGAUCACACACAUUAACUCCAAGAUGAUUGUGGGCGUUGUGACAUCAAUAUUCAUGUUGUUGAUUCUGGGAUGUUGUGUCCUUGUUGUUCGUCGUGUUGGAAAACGAAAAGACUACCUGGAACCGCUGUACAGUAAAGACACAGAGAGUCUAAUAGACGUAAUACCCUUGGAAUCAAUGUACCAAGGGCAGACAACUCCGGCAGCAUGCUCCUCACGCACAUCGCUGAUUCAGUCUCAGGACUGACUUCCAACAGGUGCUAUGGAAUCAAAAUUAGGACAGUUUUUGUCUUUAAAUUUACAAGUACAAAAAUAACGAUUUACAUACACUGUCAUUCACAAUGACUGUUGUCAAAGUAUUAUAAAUAGUGUGUUCAACUGUAUACAAUACAUAUUAGGGCAUUUUUACCGAUUCACAAAUAAACCUUAAUCAUAUUAACUAAUUUUUAAAGAUCUUUUCAAAAAACUGAUAUGAGAGAGAGAGAGAGAGAGAGAGAGAGAGAGAGAGAGAGAGCAAAUACAAUUCUGAGUACAUUUUAAGUUGUUUUGCCUUUCUUGCUGUGUUUGUUUACGUUUAUUCUGUUCCUGACUGACUAGCCUCUUGAGAUACAACAGAAUAUUAUGACAUUGAAUUCAAUCACCAUGAAUAACUCUUCCUCUCACAAAUGCAUAUGAUUGUUUUUCCUCAAGAGAGUUGGAUUGCAUGCAAACUUUUCAAUGCAGACAACCUUUGAUGCAUCGCAUUCCUUCUUUUCACUGAACACUGAUAUUAAAAAUGCAGUGCAUAUUGCUGGCAAUGCAGAACUAGAGACGAUUUAGAUAUCUAUAGAAAAAACCUUCUAUCGGAAAAAAUUGAGCAUAAGGUACCCUAAAUCAGGGUAAAUAAUGGACCAGAGUUUAUGGUCUGCUCAAUCAAUAUAAUGAAUAGGAUCUCAUUGAUACAGAUUGAGUAAAACGGUGCAUUUUGUGAGUUUUAUGAAUUACCGGUAUCAAAAAUGGAAAACAUAAUUCUCAAAUUAUAUGUUUAACAAUUAAAAAUUUGAUCAUGGAACAGUUCAUAAAAAAGAACAUUUUCUGAAAAGACAUCAAAUUCAGCUAUUUAAAGGCUGCACUGAAUUAUAGCAUCAAGUAUAAUUACUGUAAGCAUAAAAUAUCUAGCCCGUAAGAAAUUUGGCUG